AUGCAGACCUUCCUUGCACGAACCACCGAUGUUGAUACUAGAGAAGUUUUGUCUGGUCGUCUGACUUGGGACAAUAUUCAGCGCGAAGCUACUGAAGCCCUCGUCAAGUAUCAAAAUGACGGUAAAACAUGGCGACACCCUUUUCAGACUGCGGGGAGGGCAUUCUCGAGUGUCUGGAGUCGGCUAGAGUUUCUGCUUGAGCUACUCCCAAACGGCGAUUAUGGAUCCCUGUUAUGUGGUGGGCUGAGACUGGUUUUUAACUUGCGAAUGAUAGGCAGCGAAAAGAAUGCACGCAAUUCGGGAAUCCGUUAUUAA